AGAAGAGCGACGACGGCUUCAGUCGGCACGCGGCGUCGCGACGCAAACCAACCCGCGUGCAUCGCGCCAGAUGUGUACACUCGAGUGCUCGUCAUUCAGCCCGGAACUUAAACAGUUCAAUUUUUCAACUCUGACGAGUCUCGACUGACGAAUGAUCGAGGGGCGCGCAGAAGCUGGAGGCAUUAAAUACAUCGGAACCGCGGAAUCGGCGAUCCAAUUUUCUCUCGUCGGAAGCGAGCAGACGUAACAAAGUUGCGAGAAAAAUGAAGAGUUAAAUGGAGUAAGUUUAAAAGAGGUUCGAAGGACCAUAUUCCUGUAUAUUCAAAAGUCAUUUCCGCUUCUCGAUGGAUACUAAGCUCGACGUUACGAUAGCUUAUAACUUUUUAACGGAUCAAUCGCCUUGACCAAGUCCAAAUACCUUAGCCGCAAAUCUCUAAGAGAGUUUCUCCAAUAAAAUAGAAAGAUUUUGUCACAGAUGAAAGUCGCGAUGGUCAAAGAUGAAAGCAACAGGAAAUUGUUUUCGUCAGAUAAUCCAAAAUGAAGAUCGAAGAUUAUGACCAUUAUAUUCUGGCUGAAGUAUCUCGUUAUCCUGAUGAAAUAAUCGAAUCGUUAUGAUUGGUACUUAUGGAAGAAUGCUUCCUUUAUUCCUAAUCAGCCAAUCUCGUUAGGGACGAGCGAUAAAUCAUUCAAUCAAUCGUUCGUACCACUGCGACCGAGCUGCGACGUGGCAGUCCAAAAGACUAACGUCAUGACAUCAUACGUAAGAGGAUGGGUCUACGAUGAGGAAAACUUGACCCGAAGAAAACCGCAUAGACAAGGAUAAGAGCGAAUAUUUUUCUAUCGGGGGUGAGAGCGACAAUGUCAACGCUCGAUACAGACACGCCGCUACCGUCCACCACUUAUGCCGGGGAAUUAACGACCACACUCAUACCCACCGUCACCAGGAUCGACACGAGACUGGACAUCAGUCCCGUCUCGGUGGUCCUGGCGGUCUCCAUAGUGUGCAUUCUCUCGCCCAUCACCGUCACCGGUAACUCCAUCAUCCUAGCCGCCUUCUAUAAAUACAAAAGACUCAGGACCGCUUCCAAUUGCCUUUUAGUUUCAUUGGCCAUUAGCGACUUCGGGAUUGGCGUAUUUAUGCCGGUCGGGAUGCAGCUGGAGCUCUCCGGUCUACCGGAAAACGGCGUUUCCGCUCUCUGCAUCAUGCCGUAUUGCAUUGUGAUCGCGCUCUGCAGCGUGAGCGUUCUGGUCACCGUGGCCAUCGCGGUGGACCGUUUGACUUCGUUGGCGCAGCCAUUGCGAUACAAGAACAUCAUCACCCACAGCAGCGUAGAAAAGUACAUCGCGGUCUUUUGGAUAUACGCGAUCGCCGUUGGCCUCUCGCCCCUCAUCUAUGCUCAAAUUACCGGUGGGAUGCAGUCGCACAGCGGAAGCUGCAGGUUCGAUGCAGCCGUGUUACCACCGGUCAGGGUGUUUCUGGUCGUGGCAGUUUGGGCACCGAGCGCCCUAGUUCUACUUGGCUGCUACAUGUAUGUCUAUCUUGUCGCACGUGCACAUGCACGUGCAAUUUACACGGUGGAAUUAUCGUUCAGACAUCAAACGCAGACAUUGGCGCUGCCUCGUUACGGACAGACGCUGGCACUCACGGUCGGCGCGUUUCUUAUCCUGUGGCUUCCAUUCCAAACUUGUAUGCUGCUGGACAUUUUCUGCGGCACCAACAUUUUAUCGGAAUGGGCGGUGGUGUGGCUGGGCUUGCCGAUCCUGGCGCACAGCGGCGCAAAUCCCUGGAUCUACGCCUUUCAUCACGGCGAGAUGCGCAUCGCCGCCGGCAAGAUUGCCGAAGAUCUGGUCUCGCUGUUCGGCGUGAUGCCGGGCCGUUACGGCUGCUCGCCGACUGGAUGCGGCACCAACACGAAUCUCGAGCUAGGCGAGGUGAAUAACGAAGAUAGCAACGAGAGCAGGCAUCCGCCCGUGGAGGAUUGCUUCGCCGCCGCCAAGCACCACAACGUUCUUUACAGCAGAAGGUGCCUGGAAACGUCAGGCCAGCACACCGAUAUCUCGUCCGAGAAGCACGGCAUCGAGCACGUCGCGUCCUGCAGCAGCCGACCGAGCGACAUCAUCGAGGAAAAUAUUCACGACCUGACGAAGAUGCUCGACCCGCGAUACGUCAUCGAUCGGAAUCACGUGAUCGACUCCAAUCACAAUAUCGACAAGCUGAAAAAUCUCAAGUAUCUGCUGGAUCCGACCUUCAACAAGAUCAGGCAUCUCCGACGGUUGAAUCACAAGCGAAUGAACGGGAAGAGCUUGCCAUUGAUUUCCGAGCCGAAAUUUAUAUCUUAUCAGAACUUGAAGAGCGACACGGCCGCGCACGGCAGCCGUAAGUUUCUUCAGCUGAACGCGUUGUCGGAUCCGAUGCUGAACGUCGAUACUUCCGUGAUAGACGCGAACGACUCGAGCCAAGCGACGUGCCACGCGAAUAACGUUGCUUAUCAGAAGCGGAAUCCGAACAUGUCGUUGACCGUGUCGGACUCGAAUCUCAGGGCAAGAACGGUGCACGCUUCCGAGGUGGACGCGAGAUUCUUCCGGGCGAACGACAGCAGCACGGAGGAACACGCCGGCUACUCCGCGCAAAAUCUCAAUCGUGGAUACGAGGCCGCGUUAGCGAGGCACGCGAUGAUGCUCUAUCAGCAGAUGGAAGAUCAACGGAGAUCCAGCAAAGCUCCCUCCCGUCCGCGACCCAAGUUCCACGGCCAUUUCGGGCGCGUGAGCCCGAAUCUGAAGCGCAGAUUACGAAACGAAAGAUCCUCGUCGUCGUCGUCGGCGCCCGAUGACGUCAGACUAAGUUCCGAGGCGAAUAUACCGAGGCGAAGCGUGUCGCCGGCCGUCCCACACGUAACCAUCACGCCAAACAAAUUGGCCAAUCUCAUUAAUCUAGACCCACCGUCGAGACCCGCGCACAGGAUAGAUUUUACUGCCAGAAACACGACACAAGCUCAUAGGAAUUUGGAGAUGUUGAAGCACUCCGAGUCGAUUAACGCGAUCGGCGAUUCGGCGACGCGCCGUAUAACUCUACUGGAGCCUUCCAACUUGAUGGACUCGUUGCUCGUCCCGACGAUACACUCGGAACCGCCGAGUCCGAUAAAUCCUCUCCCCGCGGCGCCUCUUCAGCCCGAAGAGACGCAGAGCCUCGGGAUCCCGAGGCCCGUCGCGCAACGCACUAAAUCGCCCGUUGGUAAAAAAAGCAGUCCUGAAAGACAUUCCGAUCCUAUAGUACCCACCGUAUUGCUAAACAUCGAGGACUUGAGCGAACCGUUCGAACAGGGUGACAAUCAGAUUCAGAGUCAAGAGCUGUGCGACCCACCGUCCGGUAAUACAUCGACGUUAGAACCGAUCGACCUUUUCGAGGCCCUGCUGAGAAACUCGGACAAAAGUAGGGACAUGAGAUUACCGGAACCCAUCUUCGCCGAGCACGACUCCACUAGAUUCAGCUCAAGACGACCGUCCGACUCGAAGUGGUCCGAGUCCUCCAGGAGUCAGGAGAUCCUGCCGAGCGCGAUGGAACACCAAGCCGCGUUCCCGUCGUCCUAUUCGGUCAACAACUUUCAGACCUGUAACAGCGGCAGCGAUCUCAACGACCUCACGUCCUUGGACCCGUUCAUGUGCCCCGACGCCCUGACAUCGUCCCUGCGCGAGUCCUUCUUCAGCGCGCCGUCCAUGCCCGACUCGGACAUGUUCACGUCCUUCGAGGAGAGCGACGAGCCGGUCUUCACGCCCGAUUCCGAACGGGACGCGUCGGCGUACAAUUCGAUGUCGAACCUGAAGAGAUGCGUCAUCGAGACGGCGUUUCAAAGCAGAUCCACGGAGUCGGUGCACCACGUCAGGCAGCCCUCGACACGAUCCUGCGCGAUUCUUAGACUAGAACCAGCCGUGCAUUCGAGCAGAUUGCGCGUCAGACCCUGCGCGGAUUACAUCCUGAAGAACUCGCCCGCGCCGGUCAAGAGAAACCCGCGGCUGGCGCCUCUCGCCAUUCCCACACCCACCGACAUCUGCACCCCCACGUUCGACGUCGUGUCGGAGAUCAAAGGCGAUAACGGUGUCGGCGUGAGAGUUUGAAUCGUUCGCAGGAUCAAUGGGGAGGGGGGUAGGGGAGGGUCUGCGAAUUCCCUCGCGUGUACCCUGUAUUUGCACAAGAAGUAUUUGUCAGUCGCAAUCAAACUUUAUUCUCGAAAGAAUUUAGAGAUUUGAAAGCCUCUAUUGGCCUCUAGGGUAAAAAAAGAAGAGAAAAAGAAAAGUAUCCGGAGAAGAAGUAAGUACACAGGACGUUUUUAUACGCGCUAGAUCACAUAUGCGAGCUAGCAAAUCAUUCGAAAUGAUACCGUCAUGUGGUGUAUUUUUAAUAAUUUCCUCUAUUUACAAUAUGCCACUUAAUUGAGGCAAGUUGCUCAUGGGCCAUAACUUAUCGUUACAUUUCUACUGAGGUAACGUUCACUUUAAUUUAAUAUAUAUAUAAUAUAUAUAUACAUAUAUGACUAUUUACAUACGAUUAUUUUGUUUGCACU